AUGAAGUCUUCUUGUAAACCCAGCGGUCCUCCUCAGGCCGGAGCUCGCGCCUCGCCUCCGUGCGCAGGCGCAGCCGAGAGCGCGGGGCCCGGGCGGCUGGAGAGCGCGGCGCGCAGGCGCCUGGCGGCCAAUGCCCGAGAGCGGCGGCGAAUGCAGGGGCUGAACACCGCCUUCGACCGGCUGCGCAGGGUGGUGCCGCAGUGGGGCCAGGACAAGAAGCUGUCCAAGUACGAGACGCUGCAGAUGGCGCUCAGCUACAUCGUGGCCCUGACGCGCAUCCUGGCGGAGGCCGAGCGCUUCGCCUCCCAGCCGGACUGGGUCGGGCUACACUGCGAGCACCUGGGCCCCGAGCACCGCUACCUGCCGUUCCCCGGCGCCAAGCUCCCAGCCCAGGCCGAGCCCUACAGCCAGAGGCUUUUCGGCUUCCAGCCGGAGCCCUUCCCCAUGGCCAGCUAGGGGGCCCUCAUGGCCAGCCAGGGCUCCCCAAUUCCAGCUAGGGGCUCCCCAUGGCCAUCCAGGGCUCCCCAAUUCCAGCUAGGGGCUCCCCGUGGCAAGCUAGAGACUCCCCAUGGCCAGCUAGGGGCUCCUCAUG